UUUUGUGUAAACAUGUUUGAUAUGUCGUGGUUGACAACAAAGCUAACCUGAGUGCGUUGAAAGCUAACAUGAAGUCCUCAUUAUGGCCGCAGGGGGCGCCACUUGGGCGGCUUAUUCAAUCGUACGCGUUUGAGACGGAGGACCUGAUCCGUGGAAGUUUGAACGUGGCUAAAAUCUCAAAAAAAAAAAAAAAGGAUUGGUGUAGCGGGAUAUCGGCUCCGAGGCUCUCAUUGAAACGAUACCACUUGGGGGGGGGGCGUGGAUUGCAGCGUUCUACCUGUCAUGUGCAGCGCAGCGGGCAGGUGGCGCCACCAGAGACUGACUAAUGUCCUGUAGAAUAGUUUUUUUUUUUUUAUCUGUGAAUUGUGCUCCUCCUGUGUCAGUAGAAUUGAGUGGAGGGGGCCACUUCACCCCUCCCGCAUGAUUGUAGAUGAUUUUUUUUUUUUUUUUUGGAUGGCCGUCUUUGUAGUUGUGUGACUCGGUGAGGUGCCCCAACGCAAAAUAUCCUCCCAGAGCUAGCCCGCAGUUUCUUCGGGUUGCAAAUUGCACUUAAAAAAACAAAAGACAUUUAAUUCCUAUGGAAAAAUGGAUUUCUCACUUUCUCACAAAUUUCCAGGGGUUGAGCAAACUUGAUGGACUCAAAGCGCCAUCUAGUGGAAGAACAUUGAAUGGUUUUGACCAAAGAUGAUGUCGCUUGUGGUCAAUAAACUUUCAGAUCAAUGUCGUGAAGUAGGAUCAAUUUUGCCAAUCGAAAACGAGAAUGACCGGGCGGGGGGGGGGGGGGCUCUUUUGUGCUUUUUUUGUUGUUAGUUUGCUCUGUUUUGAAUUUGCGACUCUUGACUUCCUCCCACAUACUCGUCCCCUCACUGAGGUGCCCGCCGGGACAUCAUCGAUCAUCGACGGCGACUUUUGAAUCCGUCGUCGGCACAAAGCCAGGAAGGCGCCAUUUUGAUCUUUUUUCUAAAAAUGGGGCAUUCUGACUUUUUCUUCCGCCCCCCCCCCCCCACCCACCCCAGGCACCUUUGAAAGUCACCCUGGAAAAGCAAUCCGGAUGACUUGAUAUGAGCGACUCUCUAUCUUGUUCUUCAUUUGACUUCCGAACCGUCUUCACAAGCGACUUCAACCGCAGGCAGCUUCCACGCAAAUACGACUGGAGUUCCGUGGGUGAGCCCGUCUGGCGGAGGCAAAGCAAAACCUCGCAAGGGGGCGGGGAGGCUUAUGCGCAAUUAAUUCCGACAGGCUGGAGGCGGCGGCAACCGGCGCGGACAAACCGGCGGAGAGAGCGACCGAGCACAGGCGAGGAAAAAUUUGGGAGGAACGACGACAAGGUGGCAUCCAUCCGGCGGUGAAAAUGUCGUCCACGCUGCAGCAGCUCAUCAUCCCGACGUGCGGCGGCGGGCCCGAGCCGCCCCGUAACAAAGUGACCGUGGUCGGAGUGGGCCAGGUGGGCAUGGCCUGCGCCGUCAGCCUCCUGCUCAGGGAGCUGACGGACGAGCUGGCCCUGGUGGACGUGAUGGAGGACAAGCUGAAGGGCGAGUUGAUGGACCUGCAGCACGGAAGCCUCUUCCUCAAAACCUCCAAAAUGGUGGCCGGCACAGACUACUCGGUGACGGCCAACUCGCGCGUGGUGGUGCUGACGGCGGGCGUGCGGCAGCGGGAGGGCGAGAGCAGACUGGACCUGGUGCAGCGAAACGUCGACAUCUUCAAGCGCGUCGUCCCGCAGAUCGUCACCUACAGCCCCGAUUGCGUCAUCCUGGUGGUGUCCAAUCCGGUGGACGUGCUGACGUACGUGACGUGGAAGCUGAGCGGGCUCCCCAGGCGGCGCGUGCUGGGCAGCGGCACCAACCUGGACUCGGCGCGCUUCCGCUUCCUGAUGGCCGAGCGUCUGGGCGUGCACCCCAGCGGCGUCCACGGCUUGGUGCUGGGCGAGCACGGCGACACCUCGGUGCCCGUGUGGAGCGGCGUCAACGUGGCCGGCGUCGGCCUGCGGGCGCUCAACCCCGACGCCGGCGCCGAUUCCGACCCGGAGAACUGGAAGGAGACGCACAAGAUGGUGGUGGACAGCGCCGCCGAGGUGAUCAAACUGAAGGGUUACACCAACUGGGCCAUCGGGCUGAGCGUGGCCGAGCUGACGGAGAGCAUCGUGAAGAACCUGAACAGGAUUCAUCCGGUGUCCACCGCCGUGCAGGGCCUGUACGGCAUCGCGGAGGAGGUGUACCUGAGCCUGCCGUGCGUGCUGAACGGCGGCGGCGUCGCCAGCGUGGUCCGCGUCAGCCUUUCGCACGACGAGGUGGCGCGGCUGCGGGCCAGCGCCGGUGCAUUGUGGGAAAUCCUCAAGGAGCUGCAGGACCUCUGAGGGGCCCGCAUGGGAAAAGGACACUUUCCAAACUAAUUGAAUAGAGAAAUACGGGCAGAUUAGUGUUCCUCGUUAGAUAGGUGGGUGGCUUGAAAGGGGGCGGGGCUAAACACGUGUAUAUGUGUGUGUGUGUGUCUUCCAAAAUCAAUGAAAAGAGAAUCAAGAUAAAUGUACAAUUUAUUUACUUAUGCAUUCUUAACAGCAGAAAGGAAUAAAAUCAAACAG